AUGGUCACUGCAGCAGGAACCAGCGGCACGAGUGACUUCAAGGAAUUUGUUGAAGAAUUUACCAGACUGCUGAAGUGUGCCUUGCUCUAUGGAGACAAGCAACCUGCUGUGGAGAGAACCCUCAGCUUUGUUGUCAAGUUUGCCACAGCAGAGAAGACUGAACAAAAUGCAGGGAAAGGGAAAGACAGUGAAGACGAGGAUGAAGAGGCUGAUCCUUUUCUUGAAAACCUUAUUGUAUUUCUUUUAAAGAAUCAUGAAGCAAACAAUGCUGCAGUGAGGCUAAGAAUCUGCCAGCUACUGAGCAUGUUGCUGAGGCAGAUGGGAGCCAAGGCAGCUAUAGACAAUGACUUAUAUGAUCUCAUUUAUGACACAAUGCUCCAUCGCCUCCAAGACAAAAUUCCAGGAGUUCGCAAGGAGGCUGUCUUGGCCCUCACUCGACUACAGGACCCUUACAACAAAGAUUGUCCUGUUAUAGAAGCUUAUUGCUUUCAUCUGUGUAAGGAUCCCAACUAUGAUGUUCGUCGUGCUGUGCUGAAUAAUAUUGCCGUCACUUACCAAACCCUGCCUGCCAUCCUGGACCGCACCAGAGACGUCAGGGAGCUGGUGCGCUGUCAGGCAUACACAGUGAUCUCCCAGAAGAUCCACUUGAAGUCCUUGACCAUUGCCCAGCGUGUGAGGCUCCUCUCUGAGGGUCUGAAGGAUCGUCAUGAAAUGGUGCGGAAUUGCGUGAAGAAAAAGUUGAUUCCAUCAUGGCUGCGCCUGUUGGGUGGCAAUGUGUUGGAUCUCCUCACCUGUCUGGAUGUUGAGGCAUCAGUCAAGGAGGCAGAGCUCGUCCUCAAAACCAUAUUCGAGCUUAUACCUUUCCCUGACCUUGUUAAAAACAUUGGACUGACAAAGCAGCAGCGACUGAUCAGCCCAAAUGAGCUGCAGCCAGAGUCUGCCCUCCUCUGGAGAUGUCUUGCUCAGCACCUGAGGGAGGAAGGUGCUGAAGAGGCACUAGAGGAGAUUCUUCCUGACCUCACUCAGUUCUGCUCCUACUUGAAUGACUUUGUAUUGACGGAUGUUAUGGCGGGGGAAGAUGAGCAGGAUGCAGCCAUCCAGGUCAUGGAAAGGGAGUUCAUUACAAACCAACUCAUAUCCAUCAUUCUUGUGUAUGACCUGUCAGAUGAGGCUGGACGCCGAUCCCUGGACCAAAUGGUGCGAAACCUGCUUGUAUCUGACAAGAUUGGAGAGUCCCUGGUCAAAGGCCUUGUGGAAAUCUUCAGCAAGCUUCACCCACUCAGCACCAGGAUCAACCAAUUAGCUGAAAUAAUUUCUGAGAUACGAGAACCACUCUGCAAGACUGUUGAGGUACCAAUGAGUGAAGAGGAAGAGAGGAAGAAAAAACUAAAGGUUGCAAGCUUGAAAGUGAAGAUAAAUCAAGUACGGGAGGAACUUCAGAAGAAUAUGUUGGAUCUAGACUUGGAAAAGGCUCAGUUACAAAAGGAUGAAUUACUAGAGCUUGAGGCCCAGUUGUCCCAGCCUUGUCAACCCAACCCAUCUACUGAAGAGAUCACUCAAGAACCCCGUAAUGACUCAGCCACUCUCAUCAAGUGUCUGACCAUCUUCUGUAACAUAGUGGAAUGUUCACAAGUGGAGGAGCUAACUCCAGCCUUGCAGACUUUGCAUGAUGGUCUAAUUUUGGGAUGUCUACGUUCUGAAGACCCUGCUGUGAGGAACUCUGGGGUGCAGGCACUUGGACUUUUAUGUCUUCUUUCCAAGGACCUAGCGAAGCAACACAUCACUCUUCUUAUGCAGGUAUCAAAAAUUGAUGUUGAAAAAAUCCAACUCACUGCCCUGCACUGUAUUAUUGAUUGUCUUCAUUUGUAUGGCAUUGAGGAAUUUGCUGAAGUUGCUGAAGAUUUGCCUCAAACUCCACUGGUAGAGGCUCCUGAAAAAGAUGAUAAAGAAGAAUGUGUGGAAGAUGGGGGUGCCAUUAUUGCUGCUUUGUGUGAUAGGUUGGAUGCUGAAAGCUUAGAAAUAAGGACAUUAGUGGUGGAAGGACUAUGCAAGUUAUUGUUGUCUUCCCGUAUCACGUCAUCAAAGUUGCUGUCUCGUCUUAUUUUGACAUUCUACAACCCAGCAACAGGAGAUGACAGCUUUGUGCGCCACAUUCUUGGAGUGUUCUUCCCUCUUUAUGCCUCUGAAGAUGGAAGCAAUCAGGAGAGUCUGUGUGAAGCUGUGAUGCCCACCUUGCAGACACUCCUGCAUGCUCCAACCCGCUCUCCAUUAGCCAGUGUAGAUAUAGAGAAUGUGACCAGCUUUUUGAUCUCCAUCACUAGCCCAACCAUUCUUUCUGAGGAAUGUCAAGAGAAAGUAAAUGUCCAUGACACGUUGGUGUUCACUCUUUGCUCUGAGGUGCUGACCAAACCAACUGGAUAUCUGGCCAAGGUGUUCAUCCGUUGCCUCAGCAGUCUCAAUCUGACGCCCACAAACUUUUCCACUCUACGCCAGCUUGAUGUGCUUGUAACAAAAGUUAUUAAGGUUAUUGAAGGUAAAAGUGCCCAGAAUUCUGUAAAGCGUUUGCAGCAAAAGAUUCAAGACUUCUUAUCCAGUGCUCCUGAUAAUGAAGCAACAGAGGAAAAUGCAUCUACUGAAGAUGAAGCAAGUGCAGAAGAAACCAAAGAUGGAGAGCCACCUGCAGACAGGACCGAGACCACCAUAAUAAGAAGGAAGAGAAUGUUGUAUGACAAUCAGACCAUAACUGAUCCUGCCUUGUUCUCUUGUGGGGAUGAUUCUGAGGCAGAAGGAAGAAGCCCCAGCAAGAGAAUAGCGCACAGCUCCUCCAUUGAUAGCCUGGAUAAUGAUUCAGUAACUUUUGGUUCUUCAGUGAUUACCAGUACCCAGAUCAAGAUUGUUGAACCAGAAUCACAAGGGGAAUCAAAUGGAAGUGUGCCUUCUGCAAUACCUGCAGCACCGCAAAUUGAUACGGAACUAGAAGUGAGCCAAGCAGAGGAGGUAUUUGUCUCCAACUUAGAAGGACUAGUGAAGUCAUCCCAACAGGAAUGUACUGUAGCUGCAAGCAGAGAGAUACCCAGCUCUGAAGAUGCCAGGUAAAUUACCAGACUAAUUGAGAACUGUGAUGGAUGUUGUAAAAGAGGGUUGUUCUUGUCAAAACACUUACCUUAGAAUGAAGUGAUUCACAAAUUUACCAGAAGAGAAAAGAUAUAGAGUGUGUAGCAUGAGUUUCUAU